AUGAAUUAUCCAUCAAGUGGAGAUUACGUUAGCGGAAGUGAGGCGGAUCCAUCCGACACCGUGAACCUCAUCCUACUCGACAUUCCUCUGCUGGGCACAUAUGGAUCGCCGAAACGCCGCUGCAAUGGUGGGAUCCCUUCCUGUGGCCUUUGCGAGGACUCAGGCGUGGAGUGCAUCUACAAUGAAGUUGAGUCUUCCAGGUCAAGGGGAGAGACCUCCUCAUCAGAAUUCUUUGGACGUCUCGAUGCAAUUGAGAAUUUCUUGUGGAAUCAGUCUCGUCUCCCUGCGACACCCCAAACUGGCGAAGCAAGAAACGAUGGCUUCACUUUUCCCUCGGCCACUUCCGAAAAUGAUCAGACUGAUUUUUCUCAACCUUCAAUGAUAAUGUCUUCCCCAUCAAGGCCGAAUCCCGAUAUUUCUCGACUUAUCGGUACUAAUCAGCCUUCCUUUAUGCCACCCGAACAUGAUAUUCCACCCAUGAGUAUCCCUAUUGGCCACACAACGACAACAGAGUACAUGCUGCAUAUGAACAAAAUGAAGGUUCUAUUCGGAGAAUUCCCACCAGACCUGUUCAUACGCGCGGAGUCAAACCGACAGAUCCCAUACCAACUAUCCUUUGUCCCGGGUACAAUUACUGAGAGCCAGUUGCCGGCACUGGAUGAAUUGAGCUCUUACCCACUGGUGGAAGCAUACUUCAGACACGUGCACGUUGAAAUGCCAAUUCUUGACAAGCCACAAUUCUUGGAGAUUUAUCACCACCAUGUUCGGGCUGGGCUCAAGGUUGAUUGCGAUUCUGCAUUAUGUCUUGCAAUACUCGCUUUAGGAUCUGCGGCUCUCGAACAGGUGGAUCCGACAAAGUCCAGGUCUCCUCACUGGGUACCAGGGGCAGAUUAUAUCUCACCUGCGCUGCAGAUACUGAUGAAUGAGUACUUGCUAUCAUUCUGUCCAACUAUCACUCUUCCUCAGAGCUUGAUACUCGUUUCAAAAUACUUCGGGUUUCUUUUACGCCCUUUGCAAUCAUGGAAGUUGAUUCAUAUGGCUUCUACCAGUAUUCAAUAUCUCAAUAGCCGAAGUCAGGCUUCACCAGAUAACCUUGGGCUCAAGUCCAGCAUUAUCUUACUGUCCUGGGCGGCAUUCGACACCGAGUGCGAUCUGAUAGCAGAGCAUCACUUACCACGCAGUGGCAUUGAACAUGUCAUUGAUCUGACCCCCUUCCCAAGUUUUGCAAACCACGGGGCCGAAGAGACACAUCUUUUCCUUGCCGAACUUUCAGUACGCCGCCUGCUGAACAGAGUACACCACACUAUGUACGGAAGUGACUGGACGAGGCGUAGUCUCGGUCUUCAACCUGCAUCAAGUGACAGUCCUUCAUAUGAUUUCCAGUCCUUAUCCAACAUCCUAAAUGUCUCUCAAGAACUUGACUGCCAACUCAAUAACUGGUUUGAACUAUUGCCGCGAAAUAUCAAACCAGACAUGAAUGAUCCGUCGCGGUGCAGUGGUCUUCAGCUUAAUAUGCUCCACCGCUUCCAUUCCGCCAAAGAUAUUAUUACAAGACCAUUCCUCCUCUGUGCUAUUGAUUCACCGGCAGAGAAUGAUCUUCCCCCCAUGGAUUCACAUAAUGCGUGGCUGUCACCUUGUGCAUUGCCAUAUCUGGCGUGCAUCCCGGCAAUCGUUGCAUUGCUUGCUGCAUUGAGCCAUGUGUUGGGGUACUUUUCUCACUGGCGUCCUAAAUGGACUGUUCCGUUUGUUUCGGAGCUACGUGAUACUCGCGAGCUUCCAUUAGAUGCGCCGAAGCAACCGCUACGAUGGACCAUCGCGCUUCUUAUCUGUUCGGUUAUUGGCCUCUUAGCUGAAACUGUCCAAUUCGUGCCUCAGGACAUUGAUAUGUCUGUAUUCGUUCUUGCUUUUUCAUGGGCUACUGCAUCGAUUCUGAUCGCAACCAAGCGACCGAGAUCAUGUUCGAUAUCAAUGCUUAUGUAUUACAUCUUUGUAUUUGCGAUUGAGCUAUCGUUGGCCACUCAUCCAGAUCUGAACCCCAAAUACAAGACCAUCGCUCGCUAUAUUGCCGCCGGUGCAGCGGCUGCGGCUUGCCUAACGAUUCUUUUGAUGCCAUUCCGAGAACCAUCGCUUCAGCCAAUAGACAUCAGUGCUGUUGGUCAACAGCCAUCGAGCGACUUUCGCACCCCGGAAGAUAAUCUGAAACUUUGGCAAUUUCUCACCGUGUCCUGGAUGGCACCGCUCAUUUCGACUGGAUGCAAAAGGCAACUAAAUGAACAAGAUGUUUGGCAACUUGGAUUUGAAUUUCAGCACAGACGUCUGCAUGAGAAGUUUCGCUGUCUCCGGGGGUCUGUUGUCAGUCGACUGUUGAGGGCAAAUGGCAUUGAUGUCUUUAUUGUCUCUGCCAUUUCAACAGUUCAGAUGCUUUGCGACUUUUCUACCCCAGUACUGUUGCAGCAACUGUUGCAGACCAUGAAAGAUCCCACGCGACCAAAACGUGUACCCUUGACUUAUGCGCUUUUGUCCUUUGCUCUGAGACUAGUUGCGGCACAAUCCCAGGUACUGCUUCUGUGGUAUGGUCGACGAUGCUACGAGAGAUCUCGCGGUGAAAUGAUCAUGAUGGUCUAUGAGAAGGCCCUAUCAAGAAAGAACAUUUUGGGACUGAUGGUUGAAGGCAAGCCAGAGGCGUUCAACGGGGAAGCAAAUGGGGCAGGUGACGAGACUUUAACCCAAGAGACACAAACAUCUUCAGGUAAAGCAGGGAUAAGCCUCUGGCGACGAAUCACACAAAAGACCCACCAAAAAGCCGAGCAGAAGGAAACCAAGGAAGCAGCCUCACUUGGAAAGAUCUUCAACUUGUUACGGGGAGAUGUUUAUGAAGUUGCCCAAAGGUUUUGGGAGGUCGACUCCUUAAUAGACAAGCCACUGGGACUUGUGAUAGCCACAGUCCUUGUCUGGACACUCUUCGGUCCCUCUUGUUUCCUGGGUAUUUUCGCUGUCCUAGUUGCGCAGGCAGUAAACGCACUGAUAACCAGGGCCCUCCUACGAUGGGAGCGAGUCAGACGAGCAGCGACAGAUACCAGACUCCAAAUAACCUCCCAGUUCGUCGAAGCAAUCCGUCACCUGCGGUGGUAUGGGUGGCAGAACCAUUGGCUCCAGCAGGUUAUGGAAGCUCGGCAACACGAACUGAAUAUUCGCAUCGUGACCAGUCUAUGGAGUAUCUUGAUUCGCUUCGUCAAUGCCUUUGCCAGUGGCGUUUUCCCGGUCGUCGCGCUGUAUGCUUACACUUUCUUGGCGGGGCAUGAGCUGCGGAUUGACAUUAUCUUUCCUGCGUUGCAACUGUUCACUAUGUUGGAAUCUCGCCUGCGAGAUAUUCCUGGCCUCAUCACUUCGCUUAUAAAUGCGUUCAUUGCUCUAGGGCGCAUUGAGGAUUUCAUGUCAGAGCCGGAUAAAGAAUGUCUACCCUCUGAGCAGUUGGAUACGACUCCGAUCUCAAUGCAGUCUUGCACUUUCGCAUGGCCUGGUAAAGCUUCACCUGUUCUUGUUGACGUCGACGUCAGCAUUCCUCAAGGAUUGACUAUCGUCACCGGGAAGGUCGGAGCUGGGAAGACUGCUUUCCUACAGGCUCUUCUAGGGGAACUUGAUAGACUCAAAGGAUUAUCACAUAUCCCGAAUGAAAUGGUGGGAUACUGCGCUCAGACACCAUGGCUACAAAGCAUGAGCAUUCGUGACAACAUCCUGUUCUCCGCUCCUUACCAUGAUCAACGCUACAAGCGAACCUUAGAAGCAUGUGCCUUGCUUCCUGAUCUAGCUCAAUUCAAACAUGGAGAUUUGUCCUUUGUCGGUGAAAAUGGCAUCGGUCUUUCUGGCGGACAAAAAGCAAGAGUGGCUCUGGCGCGGGCUGUUUACAGUGCAUCCCGUGUUCUGCUUUUGGACGACCCCCUGUCCGCGCUAGAUCACAAUACGGCUGAGCUGAUAGUGCGCAAAUGCCUUUCAGGUCCGUUGAUGAAAGACCGCACCAUUGUUCUCGUGACGCAUCGAACUGCAUUAGUUCGCCAGAUUGCAGACCAAAUUGUCGAUAUCCGACACGGACAUGCGACUGUUUAUGAUAAAGAGGCACUCCGGGCUGACGGCAUUGAAUCCUCCCUACGGUUUACUGAUACGGAAAGUGAUACUGAAACAGAAAUCACACCUGACGAAGAGACCGCUGCAGUUCCCGACAAAUUCAUCGAGGAUGAGCACCGUGCCGAAGGAGGUGUCAAGGCUCGAGUCUAUUGGAACUAUAUCAAGGCUGGAAAGUACAGAUGGUGGCUUGCCCUCGUCCUGGUCCUAGCCACAUACCGAUUGAUGGCAGUUGGGCAAUCCUGGUUCCUCAAAGGAUGGGGAGAGGCCUAUGAGCAGUCCACCGUGCUCAGGGGAAGCUCCUCAGGUCUGGAUAAUAGAUCCUCCAAUGGCCCCUGGUUGGUGUCGGCGUCAACUGUGGACAUAUACUUCAUGCCUCAGAAUCCGAUGGACCGACUUCCGUCUCCUCGCGAGGAUGUCCGUCCAUGGCUAUGGGCAUUCUUUGGCAUCAUCUCCUUCCAAGCGGCGAUGCUGCUCUUUGCGCAGUUGCUAAUGCUAGUCAUCGUCUACUGCGCUGGACAGUCGUUGUUCCGACAAGUCCUUGUUCGUGUCAGCCACGCGACCUUCCGAUAUUUGGAUACAAUCCCUCUUGGGCGUCUGAUGAACCGUCUAACCUCUGACAUUGGCGUCGUGGACGGCAACAUCAGUGAGCAAUUCCAGGUGAUCGCAUUCCAGGUCAUCACCUGGGUGUCAUCCGUGCUGGUAAUCGCCACUGCAACACCGAUGUUCCUCUUAUUCUCCCUAGCUCUCACAGUAGCAUUUGUGCUAGUCUUCCUGCGCUUCCUUCCCACAUCACAGAGUCUCCGUAGACUCGAAAUGGUGUCCCUAAGCCCACUGAUAUCCAACUUCGGUGAGCUUUUGCACGGUUUGACUACCGUCCGAGCUUUCCACGCAGAGGCACGCUUCCAGGAUCGAGUCAUGUCCGUGGUCGAUAAGUUUCAAGGAAUGGAUCAUUUCUACUGGUCACUCCAAAGCUGGCUGAUGUACCGCUUCGAAGGCUUGUCCGCAUUCUCAACCUUUUGCCUCACGGCCCUGGCUCUAUAUACCAAUACCUCACCGGGUCUAGUGGCAUUCGUACUCAUCGCCGCCAACAACUUCGUCGAGUCGACACAUGCCCUCUGCAAGCAAUACGGCCAACUCCAAAUGGACUUCGUAUCAGUCGAGCGAGUCGACGAGCUCCUUCACAUCGAAGAAGAAACACCGGGGACGGUAAACCCCCCGGCAGCGUGGCCAAAAUACAGCAGCGACAUCGUCUUCGAGAACGCAACUUUCCGCUACGCACCCCAUCUCGAACCCUCCCUAAUAGGUAUCUCCCUCUGCAUCCCCGGCGGCUCAACAACAGCAGUCAUCGGCCGCACAGGAAGCGGCAAAUCAACCCUGGCAAUGUCCCUCCUAAGCGUUAUCCGACCAGACUCCGGCCGCAUUCUCGUCGACGGUAUCAACAUAGCCGAUGUCAAUACACAGGCACUCCGCACCCGCGUUACCUUUGUCGCGCAGGAUCCCGUGCUAUUUCCAGGUAGCAUCCGGCUCAAUCUGGAUCCGACGGGUGAAUAUACCGAUGAGCAGUGUACCGAAAUCCUCCAGCGUCUGUGUAUUCGGCAUGGCUGGCAUCUUGAUACAUAUAUCGAAGGUGGAGGGAGAAAUCUUAGCCAGGGUCAGCGCCAGCUUAUCGCUCUUACGCGGGCUGUUCUGCGGCGGAGCGCUAUUGUCAUUCUGGAUGAGGCGACUGCGUCGGUCGAUCAGGAGACGUCGCUUGAGAUUCAGCAGAUUAUCAGGCAGGAGCUGCGGCAGUCAACUGUUAUCACUAUUGCGCAUCGCAUCGAGGCUGUUAAGGAUGCGGAUUACUUUGUGGUUUUGGACCAGGGUCGGGUUUCGAGACAGGGACAUGUGCGGAACUUGGAGACUUGA